ACACUACUAACAUCUUCCCUCUCUCAUCACAUCACCCUCACUAAGAAGAGAGAGGAAGAAAACAAGAGAAAAAGGUUCACACACACGCACGCAGAAAACACAAAGCACGUUGAAGCUCCCAAUUGGAAAAAUGAAGAAAAAGUAACAACAACUAGAGUAGAGUAUAACGACCUCGUCAAGAACAUGAUGACGUGAACCAUCAUCGUCCAUAUCAAAACCCCACAAUUUCAAUUCCCACAAUUACUUUCUCUUCUUCUUUGUGAUGGGGAAUGUGAAUGGCAGAGAAGAAGAUUUCAACGGCACACUAUCGGAAGCUUCAUCUGAUGACGGAGAAAGAGAGGGAGGUUUUGACAGUGUGAGUGAUUCCAUGUCUGUGCCUGAUGGGGUCAUCGAAAAUUCUGCACCUUCUGAGGAAAUGGGUCAUUCUCCACCUGCUAGCCCUAGAACUACUCAAUCUCCAUUAAUGUUCUCUCCUCAAGUUCCGGUGGUUCCACUACAAAGACCUGAUGAGAUGCAGGCUCCAACCCCUUCCUGGAUGCAAACUACUUCAGGGUACGAGGAUAUGUUUGAUGAGAUUGGGAUUCCGACUAUGAUUACUUGGAGCUAUGGUGGUAAAGAAGUCUCCGUGGAGGGAUCAUGGGAUCAUUGGAAAUCAAGAAUUCCCUUGCAGAGAUCAGGAAAGGACUUCACUAUACUGAAGGUGCUGCCAUCUGGUGUGUACCAGUUUAGGUUUAUCGUGGAUGGACGAUGGAGGCACGCACCUGACUUGCCUUGGGAACAAGAUGAUGCUGCCAAUACCUACAACAUUCUCGACUUACAGGAUUAUGUUCCUGAAGACAUUGGAAGCAUUUCUAGUUUCGAACCACCUAAAUCACCAGACUCUAGUUACAACAACUUACACCUAAGUUCCGAAGAUUAUGCAAAGGAGCCGCCACUGGUUCCUCCAUUCAUGCAAAUGACUCUUCUUAACGUCCCUUCAACAAAUAUGGAAUUCGAACCUCUCGUGUCCAGACCACAGCACGUAAUGCUCAAUCAUCUCUAUAUGCAGAAAGGAAAGAAUAGCCCUUCAGUGGUUGCGCUCGGGACAACUCAUCGAUUUGUAGCGAAAUAUGUCACUGUGGUUCUGUACAAGUCUUUGCAGAGGUAAACAUGAAUGACACGGACCACAGACUUGAGGUAGGGUAGCCUUUAACUUUUAAGUCCUUGUAUUUGUUAAUAUAGCUCCGGGUGGAACAAUCUUUAGAGAGAUACUGGAAGCUACUGAAGGAUAUAUUUACAUGAAAGUGAAGACUAUGAUACAUAUAAUGCAAUUGCUCGAUGGUUAUUCAUCAUGCAAUUUCAGUUAGAAAUUUUUACUUCAUUUGAUGAUGGUAUUCUGUUGGAAUAUUUAUCAUACUAUGGUUAUGUUAAGCUUCAAGAUUUACCUCA